UAUCAACUCACAAAUCAAGAUAAGAUAAUCCUUUCUUUGAUGCUUGAAUAACCAUCAAUGCAUUCAUUUCAAUGUCCACUUGAUCCUAUCCUGCUUGAACUGCCCAUAUAAUUGCCUCCCUAAUACGUGUAGCCUUUGUUUCUUCCAGUGACCACUCCACUAUAUUGGAAGCACAAGUAGCACCUAGGAGCUUCCCUUGAACAUCUCGAGCAAUCUAAUUGGAGCGGAUAUGGGCUCAACAAAAUACACCAUACAAACCAAUGUUGGUGAGAUUGUGGUGCCAAUUAAUGUUUGCUCUCUUGUUGUUGAAUAUCUUCGAGGCGGAACCUUAAAAACAUUCCUCUAUAAGAACAGGAGAAACAAAUUACCUUUUAAAGUUGUAGUUCAGUUGGCGUUGGAUCUUGCAAAGGGGUUAAGCUAUCUCCAUUCCAAAAUGAUUGUCCAUAGAGAUGUGAAAACAGAAAACAUGCUUCUUGAUGGUAAAUGUACUGUAAAAGUAGCUGAUUUUGGCGUUGCCCGUGUUCAAGCUUUAAAUCCUAAUGACAUGACUGGAGUGACUGACACUCUUGGGUACAUGGCACCUGAGGU